GUUCACGCUCGUAGCGCGUGUUGCGACAUUAACGUCCCGGCCGACAUACUCACUAUAACUUAUCGGCGAUAUGGCAUUUUCUGGGUUCGGAAAUACAUCCAACACCGGCUCCUCGAUAUUCGGACAACCUAACACGUCCACCGGAGGCACAGGCUCUUCAAUCUUCGGACAGCCCAACCCCAGCACCGGUGGUACCUCGUCAGGGACUUCAAUGUUUGGUCAGCCCAACGCAUCUAAUACUGGUGGCACGUCCACGGGCACCUCGCUCUUCGGACAACCAAACCAGUCCAACACCGGCGGCACAUCCACGGGGACGUCACUAUUCGGCCAACCUAAUACCAAUACAGGUGGCACGUCCAACACGGGCACUUCGCUUUUUGGCCAGCCGAGCUCGACGAACGCCGGCGGAUCUAUGUUUGGAAACACACAAAACGCGAACACGAACACUGGGACUAGUCUCUUUGGUCAGCCCGCAUCGAACACGAAUAUAGGCACUCAGCCUUCGAGCAACAUCUUCGGCCAGUCAACCACCAACCCCUCGGGUAAUCAACCCUCUACAAACCUGUUUGGCCAACCUGCGAGUAACACGACCGCGGGUGGAACAAGUCUGUUCGGCCAGCCUGCAGCGAACACCAACACUCAGUCUGGGACGAGUCUGUUUGGACAGCAGCCCAAGACAGGAACGAGCAACUUGUUUGGCCAGUCGACACCCAACUCCGGUCCUUCGUUAUUUGGAAACCCUUCCAAUGCGAGUCAGCAGCCCAGUACUGGAACAACGAAUACGUUUGGCGGAUUUGGUGCAAGCAUGACACAACCUUCGACAGGGCUGGGCGCGUCAACAUUUGGCCAGCCGCAACAACAACAAAAUGCGAACGCACCUUUCACCAAAUCUACCAAGUUUAAUGACCUUCCGGACGAGACGAAGAGGGUUUUCGAAAGCAUCGAGUCCCAUAUACAGGGCCGCGUCCAGAUAAGCACGGAGCUGAAGCAGCGGAAAUUGGGCGACGAACCAACAAAGGGUCAGGAACUCAUCAGCAAUGUCCACAAGGAAUUGAUUAAUAUCGUGUCGGUCAUGCAGUCAGACAGUCUGCAUACUCGGGAUCUCAAGAACAAGACUGAGCAAUCGGUCCAGGACACGAUUGUGGCCACUCGAAUCGUGGAUGGCUUCAAAAACCCGCAGCAAAAUGGCGCAUAUUUAAAGAAUCACGCCUCGUUCCCCCUGGAGUUUUUCAUGCGGACCAUUGAGGAGAUGAAGCAGCGAUUAGAGUGGUAUAAGACUACCAUUGAGCAAAUCGAACGCAAGCUUGCGUCAACGGCAGCCCAUGCACAGAGCACGCCCCAUGCUAUUUCUGCAAGUUUGCAGGCGCAACACGCCACGUUUAUGGCACUCGCCAACAAGACAGCCGCUGUGGAUGCGGAGCUCGCAAAGUUGAAGGUGUUGUAUACACAGCUUUGGCGAUCAAGAACAGGCAGUGUCAGAGACCCAUUCAAUGACGUUGAUCGCGGAAGUGGUGGGGAGUUUGGCAUGGAUUCGUUGCAUUUGAAGUGA